AUGUCCCAGCUCGACCCCUCACUCUGGCAAUCCCCAACCCAAACAAAUAUUAGCAUAACUCCCUCCACCACUCAAGACCUUCCCUCAACUUAUGAGAUCUGGUCCGCUGCCCUCCCAAAUUACCCCAUCACGCAAGAGACCCUCGCCAUCCUGCUCCCGCAGGGAAACGGCCACCACUGGAUCGCCAAGGUCAAAGAUCAAGAUGGAGGCGAAGACAAGCCCGUCGGAUUCUGCCUCUCCUAUACAGCAAAGCAUCUAGAUAAGAAACCAGCCGAUGCAACGAAAGCCUACAUUGCCGUGCUUGCUGUGCUCCCGGCGUAUCAGGCCAGGGGAAUCGGGACGGCGCUGCUAAGAGCCGCUUCGACCAAGAUGCAAGCUGAACCAGGUAGAGUUGAGAUCGGGAGCUCGUUUCCGCGGUUCUGGCCUGGUGUCCCCGUUGAGGGACCCUCGGUGGCCUCUUCAAGCUCAGCUGGGGAUCAGAGUGCAAAUGGAGACGGGCAAAAGGAUAGGUCACACUCAGCGCUGGACUUCUUCGCUAAUCGCGGCUUCCGGAUGAGUCCUGACCCGCCGCGGUCCGUGGAUCUAUAUCGAAACAUCCGGUCGUUCAGUCUUCGCGGGAAGGGGAGCGAUACCGAUUAUGCGGCGCGGGCUCAUGAGGCAGGGUAUACGUUCUCCCCGUUAGGUCCGGAUGGGUAUGAAGAGUGUCUAGCUGGUCAGAGGAGGAGCUUUGCAGAUAACCCUGACUGGGUCGACAUGUACGCCCAGCUGGACCCGUCAUCGCAUCCAUCUUCCAUAAUGACGGCGUUUGAUCCCCACGGCAAACAAGUCGGGUGGACGCUCAUGCUCGGUCCCUCUUCGACUGUGCUGCAGUCCAACUGGGCUAUGCCGUCCAUCUGCGGCCCAAAUACGGGUCUGAUAGGCUGCGUUGGUAUCGACGAAGAGCACCGCAAGUCAGGCGUGGGGAUUGCGCUUGUAGCUCAUGCGUUGAAUGACAUGAAGGAUCGAGGUGUUGAGGGGGUCUUUGUGGAUUGGGUUGCUCUGGAAGGGUUCUACGAAAGAGUCGGUUUUGAGGUUUGGGCGAGGUACCGCACGGGGGAGAUACUCGCUCCACAUUAA